AUGACUUCCUGCUCACGUAAAGGUGCGUGUCCAUUUGAGAGUAAACGUGCUGAGAGUCGCUCUCAAGCUGCUCUCGAGAGCGAUCUCGCAAAUGGACAUAGUCUGGAGAGUAGCUCGCGGAGAGUUGAUAAACUACUCUCGACAUUCGACUUUUUUGAGAGUCACUCGCAAGUGGACACAUAUGUCCCAAGAAUUAAAAAAAGUAAAAAAAGAAAAAGUGGAGCAGGAACUGACGAAUUAUAUAGCAGUAAGUGGCCCUAUUUUCGGGCUCUGCAGUUUCUUAUUCCAUUUUUAACGCCUUCUGAAACUAUCUCAAAUCUGAAUAAAGAAACGAACUGUAAAAAUGAUGUGCCUACUACAGUUACAACUGAGAAUACAUCUGAAUCACUGAAAACGGUGGAAAUCAUAAAAAAGAGUGAUCCGAAAGGAAAACAAAAAAAAAGGAGAGCUGAAGCAGAUGAUGAAGAUUCUCUCAAAGCGGCCUUAAAAAUUUUAAAAAGGGAACCGGAUGAGCAUGAUAUUUUUGGGGAAUAUGUUGCUCAAGAAUUACGUAGCCUAAAGUUUGAUUUUAAUAAACGAAAGCUCAAAAGUGAAAUUCGCAAGGCUAUAGUUCGUAUAGCUGACGAUGAUGACUCACUUUCACAACCUUCUACAAGCUUUCAGUAUUCUAAAACAAAUGAUGAUUCUACAUCAUCUGUUUCUGGUCAAUUAAACUUUUCGAACGUUAACUUAUCAGGAGGACAAUCAAAUAAAACUUCAGGAGAAUAUAUAACACACGUUGAAUUCGAGAAAUUUAAAAAAAAUAACUUUAUCUUGAAACUAUGUAUUUUGUUCAUAUAAAUUUGAGUUGAGAAUAAAUUUUUUUCGUUUUUACCUU